AUGAAAUUCACCCAAGCGGAUUGGGAACAGCAUGUUGCGAACAAUCACGUGCCGUACCGCCGUGAUUGUGCAGUUUGCGUGCACGGUGCCGGAAACGGCCGCCGCCACCACGGUGUAGUUCACCCGGAUGUGUAUUGCAUGUCAGCCGACAUUGCGGGGCCCAUCCGUGUGAAGGGCAAAGACCCAGAAAGCCGCAACCACCGACCAGCCACGUUCAAGUACUUCCUCGCUGUGUCGUACCGCUUCCCACGGCUCAAAGGAGUGAAGGAGGAGUCAGACCCCAGCCAAACCGAGGGGUUUGAUGAUGCAGCACUCCUCCCGGGAGGGACGGAUGACCUUGCAGAUGAGGCCUUUCCCGCAGCAGAAGGCCCCCCGCACGAGGAUUACGAGGACUCCCUGUACGAGCCAAGUUUAGCGGAAGAAGAGGAGGAGGCGGAAGGUGAAGGAGUUGAAGGGCCUAGGGAGUUUGCAGCCAAAGUUGCCGAGGAGCAUCCCUGGGAGUCAGCCAGGUGUGAACUCGAAACACUGCCUGACAUGGCGAGGCUGGUGUUUGCAGUGCCACUUCACACAAACAAGGGAGACUCGCUUGAGGAGGAGCACACACCACCUCCACGCAGGGUUCGCGGCAAGCGGUCUGCUGGUGUGAGACUUGACGACGUGUUUGCACUUGACCCGCCGCCUCCCUUGCCGCCGCCAGCAGAAGCUCCACACCCGGAAGGGCCUGUGUCACCGGUUGAGGAGGAGUCUGCCCGUGUAGCGCGCUUGAGUCUGCAAGACCUCGAAGGUUUAGCUACGGAGCUUAUCGAGGACGACUGGGACCUUGAUGAAGCGUUGUGGGUGUUAGCCGAAGUGUGCAGAGCAGCGCCCCAGCUGCAACACAAAGCUGGGUUGUACCGUCACGGAGGUGUCGUAGGAGUUUUAGGGGGUACCACAGAUAAGCCUUGGCUGACAGAGCUUAUGAAUAUGGUGCUUUCCGCAGUUGCACCCACAGCUGAGUACACCUCGCUUUGGUUGUCUAACUCCACUGUUCAACCCGUGCACGCCGACCACCACAACCUGCAGGGAUCCACAAAUGUAGUCCUCCCUUUGAAGCUCCCGCCUAACGGAGGGGAUUUGUGGAUAGAACUCAAGCCUGGUGACCUAGUCAGUGGCCCUGUAGAGGAGCGGGUAGACGGCAAAGGCAGGCGCUGGUUAGGGACAACUCACAAGUUAGAGCGCGGUAAACCCUUCUUCCUAGACCCUACUCGCCGCCAUGCCACCACUCCCUGGAAGGGUGAGAGAGCAGUGCUUGUCGGCUACACUGUCAACACGUUAGGCAAAGAGCUUGAGCACGAGUUUCAAAGCCUUGAAGCUUUAGGUUUUCCACUCCCAGCGUCGGUACGUUUACCGCUGACUGAGCAGCAAGACGUGAGACGUCUAGACGCGUUUGACUGCUUCGAAGAAGAGCCCCUUCAGGAGACAAAGGCACGUCACCCUGACGGGAAGACUUCGGAGUUGGCGCCUGGGACUGUGCUUAAAGGCGGAGGUUGGAAAGAAACCCAAGCCGUAGAAGCAGGUACUGUAGAGCUGGAGGUGUCGUGGAACCUGAAACACUCGCCGGACCAAAGGCGAACCCAGUCUGAGCACGCCCUGCUGGCUUGCCAACCAGACACCGAAACACAGGUUGAGGAGGAGGAGAGCUUAAGCGAAGACUCCUUGCCGGAGCAACCAGUGCUGUGGGAGUUGUGGGUUCCAGACCCGCAGACCGGUGAGCAGCUGUGUGUUCUCCGGUCUGACGACUCGGACACGAGUGAAGCGUGUGCCCUUUGCAAGUCUGAGCCGGUUUACACUACCAACGUAGAGCUGUUGCUUGACAGGUUGCAAGAACCACUGCAGGUAGUCCACACUGUAGACCCUCGGGAUGCAGAGCAAUGCAUCGAGAAGUGGAUGCCGUCCAUUCACAAGGAGAUCGGUGUCAUUGAGAAGGCUGUGCGGCGACUGCCCCCUGCAGAGGUCCGUUCCGGAGGUUGGCUAAAGCGCAAGGAAGUGAAGGUGGUUCCGUCUAAGUUUGUGUUCACAGUCAAGCCACCAGACCCUGCUGAAGCCUCCCUCGCUACCCGGAAGGGUCAGGCUUACCACAAGCGCAAGGCUCGCCUGGUCGCUUGUGGCAACCACGCCUACAGUGAAACUCAGGCUGUGGGCACUGGGACCGUGGCACAGCAAGACCUGCAGCUGAGUGCCUUCGCUGUCCUGCUCGCCUUCUUUCAGGUCGUAGGUGCUGCCAGCCAGACAACGGACGAGGAAGAAGACUUGUCUCUCCCCGUGUCGCUUGAUGCAGAUUUGAUGUUGGCAGUAUCCAUCAUCUGCAUUGGUAUCUGCUUCAUUGCAGUGUGGGAAGUCUUCAAGUGGUGCCUUCAAGGCAUCAUCUCCCGCCGAGAGGCAGGGACACCCGUGUUGUCUCUGAGCCCCCGCAAGGCGCGCAAGUUACAGCGCCUUCGAGAUCAAACUGCGCAGGCCAUCCAGGCCGAGAUCUCUGCACGUGAGGAGGCAGCAAGCUCGCAGUCUGUGGAGCACCAACGCGUUACUUUGCAACACCCGAAGGGUUUGUUGAGUUUCAAGUGUGCCAGCAGUGCCACGGGAGCGCUGCAGACCACACCCAGCACAGCACAGGGUAGGAACUACUCCACCCUAACGGGUUGGAUCUCUCAGUGA